AAGUUGUAAGGAGUUUUAUUAGUUUUUAAAGUUGUCUUUAACAAUAUAUUCAUUAGGAAUCCGGUUACCCCUACUUACGAUUUUUAUUAUUAAAUUUACAUUUAUAUGCAAUCUGAAACAUAUUUAACCCAUUAAGAAUAUUGCAACCGACAGUAACGGAGCCAAAAAGAUAACUCGACGUAAUACAAUUAAUUUUGAUUCGAGAACCAAUGGUAAUAUUUUCCCAUCUGCCAUAUCUCACGGGACUGUUGAUAAGGUAGUUUUAACGUGCGCGCGAAACUCGACGGUCGUUGUUAUGGGUUCCGACGACUUUCCUGUCGCGUUUGGCGGGAGUUGUUACGACUUAAGUCGGUUCCUGAAGGACCAUCCGGGAGGUGUGAAUACUUUAGAGAGGUAUAAGGGCAAGUCGAUUACACAAGCUAUGAAGAUGUUUGGACAUAGUAAUAGUGCGUAUCACAUGCUUGGUGAUUUUAAAGUAGGAGAAGAGCAGGGUGUUCUAACAGGCGAUGUUAGUAGCAAUGGAAGGAUCAUAACGAAGGAGGAAGCGAAUCGAGAUGAAAAGGAAAUUGCACAUUUGGAGGAAUUAGAGAGCAGACUGGACUGGUCUAAGCCGAUCUUCUGUCAAUUAAGAGCGAUCGCGUCCGAUUAUGACAAAUGGGUACACAGUGCUGUCUUCAGGGAUUGCAGAUUGUUUGCCAACCCAAUUAUGGAAAGUAUGACGUACACACAAUGGUAUUUGGUACCCACGUUUUGGAUACCCAUAAUCAUAUAUUUGAUGGUGACAGUGUACGCUGAAAAUGUUAAUUGCGGAGAUUCCUGUGGCUCUGACAGUCUUACGUCUCUACAAUACAUACAACAUUUAUUAAGCGGAGUCUUGUUGUGGACAAUUCUCGAGUACUCACUACACAGAUGGGUCUUUCAUUUCAACCCAGGAUCGAAUCUUUUUUUGAUAAAGAUACAUUUCCUUAUUCAUGGAAUUCAUCAUAAGGUGCCAUUCGAUGGUCUCAGACAGGUGUUUCCGCCUAUUCCUGCUGCAUUACUCGCCACCCUCAUAUACUACAUGCUCUACCCGUUUGUGUCGUACCCUAUUAUCAAAUUGAUCGGAGGUUUAAUAGGUUACCUUAUCUACGAUAUGAUCCAUUACUACGUUCACCACGGCUCACCGAAAGACGGGACCUAUCUCUAUGCUAUGAAGCGAUAUCAUUCCAACCACCAUUUCGUUAAUCAUGAUAAAGCGUACGGCAUCAGUUCGAAAAUCUGGGAUCACGUUUUUAAGACAUUCGUACAAGUUAAGAAAUUAAGUUUUAGUUUACGUUGGUGAAUUUAUUAAUUUUUUUAACACAUUAGAUAUAAU